ACCCGAGGAAGAUGAGAUAGAUUGAUCGAUGCUGUUGCUUCUCAUCGAACAACUAGGGUUUCGAUUCGCACAUUCGAAUCAAAUUCAAUCAGGAUGGAGGAUAUUGACAUUGACAUGGUAAUCAGCAUACCUGAUACUCCAGAUAGACCGGUACGACAUCGAGAGGUUAAGAGAAGGCCAAAUUCUCCAGAACCACCAUUAAGAUAUCAAAGAGAGGAAUACCGUAAUUAUCUUAGCGGAAGAACCAGACCAGUCCCUGAAAUUGGGGACAACCGGGAAAGUUCUGAUACACGAACUGAGAAUGGACAUCGCUCGCAUGUUUCUGGAGGCAAUGCUUUGUUUAGGAGAACUGUGGUUGAGCAGGAUAAAGGGAAAUCCAUCUCCACUGAUCCACGUGCGGCUCGUGUAGAGAAAAAUCCGGUUUUAAAUCUGAAUCAACGUAACGGACAUGCUCAUGGUGCUGCAUCGAGAUGCUUACCAUUUGAAGAUAUAAGAGAAUUGCGCACAAGUAAUGGUUGUUCUCCUUUACGAGGUGAUCAUAACUCUUUUAUGCUGCCUGGGACUAGUAAUAAGGGUAAAGGAAAAGCAGAUUCUGGCUCUGUUUCUAAUAGAGAAACAAUUGACCUUUCCAGUGGCGGCAAACAACAGAACAGAGGCACUAAAAGAUUGGUGAGACAUGGGUGCAUUUCUCCAAAUGGAAUAGCAGCUAGAGCUAGACAAGCUGCUGAUACAAAUUCCAAGGACACAGUUAGUGUUGAACAGGAACUAGCUCCUGAAACUGCAUCUUUGAUUGGCAUAAGAGAGAUUGUUUCUGAAAGUGAUAUUCACGGAAGAGCUAGAGGCAAAAGACCUGAAAUUUCUUGUAGCAGGGUGGCGAGUAGAGACGGUUCUGAGGGGUGGGUUAGUACACGUAACCGAAUAUUAAAUAUGGACCAAGAAUUGAAUCAGAAGAAUGAGAGUGACACACGCGGAAUUUGUAGUUCUGUCUCCAGACUUGAUGUGCAUGAAACCGGUGUAGUUGAAAGAGAAACAAGACAACAACGACGGCGGAAAAAUGGAUUUACUACUUCAACGGCUUCAAAUGAGCCAGAAGUUACUGUUAUUAGAUCUUCUGGGGAACCAUCUAGUUCAAGGCCACCAAGAAUCCAGAAUCAUUUAAGACACGGCACACAAGUGUUGGAAAUUGAAGAUUCAUCUCCUGAAGUACGGGUCUUCUGGGGUCCUAGACGUGUUGAAAACAAUGUAUCUGAUGUGAAUGUAAGACAAAUAGAAGCAGAUGAGAUAUUGGCUCGUGAAUUGCAAGAACAGCUGUACCAAGAAGAGACGUUGAUAAGACACCAGCAGAUUGAUGAAAACAUAGCAAGGUUGCUGGAACAAGAAGAGAAUUCUCUUCGUGCUUCUUCUAGUCGUUCUUCUUCUACUCGGUCUACCCGAAACUCUAAUACCAUUGCAGCAAACCGAGGUGGAAGAAGUCGCCUGGAAGCACGACUGCAACAACAUUCUUCAAGGAGGCGAUUGAAUCCUCCACAGGCUCGUGCUCCUGUUAGAGCACCAACACGGGGUCGAGGUUAUCGUUUAGGCCGUGCAUCUGCUUCACUACACACAGCUCUGAAUCUCAGUUUUCCAUAUGAUAUGGGCAUAGAAACGAGAAUGGAUCUUCUGGAGGGAUUAGAGAAUGCUAUUGGACACUCCAUUACUACUAGUAGUCUUCUUCAUAUGGAUCGUGACUUUACUGAAGAUGAUUACGAAUUGCUUCUAGCUCUUGAUGAAAACAACCAUCGACAUGGCGGUGCUUCUACUCAUCGCAUUAACAAUUUGCCAGAGUCUACAGUUCAAAAUGAUAAUUUUCAAGAAACUUGUGUUAUUUGUCUGGAAACACCGAAGAUCGGAGACACCAUACGUCAUCUUCCUUGUUUGCACAAAUUCCACAAAGAUUGCAUUGAUCCAUGGCUAGGACGGAGUAAAUCAUGUCCGGUUUGCAAAUCCUCAGUUACUUGACCAGGUUUUCAAGCUUAUCGGGGAAUGUAACAAAUUUACCAUUUUACCCUUCCAAACCGGUGGAUCUCCUCUGGAAUCCUUUUGCUGGUAAGCCAAACAUUCUUCGCCAUCAAAUUUGAACUCAUUAAACGGUUUUUUACUACCGUUUACGCGCGAGAAAUUAUCUGUGUAUCUCUGUGAUUAUUUUGUCGGGUUUGAAUAUUUCUAGCUAAGAACUGUUCGUAGAUUAAGAAAGUUGAUAUUAUCAC